UUGCGAUGCUUUUCAGCGGCUGAUUCAAUUGAAUCUCAGUCACAUAGCAGUAUUGAAGGAACGAAACAUCAUUCAGCACAUGAUGAGUCGGUAAUAACUGCCUGGGAUAUCAACGAUCCAGUCUUCCUCACCAAUAGCACUGAUGCUGGUUGGCCAGUGAUACAAGGUGGUGAACUGCGACAAACAAUUGAACAGAUACCUGCGUUAGUCCCAGAAGGCGGCCAUAUUCCACCCGAAAAUGUUAACGUAACAGUCAAUUGCCUUGAAAAUGGUCUUCAAGUUAUUUUCAAAACUGGAGGGCAAAAUUAUACGGGCUCGGUUUAUGCAGCUGAGCGUUUCUCACAAUGUCAUGUGCUCGUUAAGCAAUCGAGCGAAUUCUCGCUGUUCGUCCCUCGCCCACUCGACGUCAAUCCGUGUAAUGCUAUUGAAAUAAACGAUACUUUAACAGUGGUGAUCGUUAUGUCAAACGAUCGCGUUACGCCGCUGGAUGUAACCACUAAAGACGAUCUCUUCUAUGAUAUUAAAUGCGUAUAUCGAAACCAAGACGAAGAUAUCGAGCAAUCUGUUAACGUGCAUUCUGGACUUGUUAUAAGUGGCCCUGAUCCAAAGUCGAUCGUAUCGUCCUAUAGUCGACGUUCGUUCAGUCAGCAAGCACAUGUUGUAUUGAAAAUAACAAAGAAUGAUCGUCCUGUUGAAAAUGUCGUCAUUGGUGACGAACUGACAGCCGUUAUAGAGAGUGAUGUUGAACGUAAGCAUUUCGAGUUGGAUUUUUCUCUCAGCUAUUCGAGCUUUUGCCGCCCUCGGAAAAUGGAUGAGCUCAAUUUAUUCGUAGUGAAAUCGAAGUGCAUUCAAAAGUAA